GGGGAAGCCGACCGGGGUGGAGAGACCGAGAAGGGAAGGCCGGGUGGGAGGGCCUUGCGCUUAAGGGGCCGUGGCUCGUUUACCCGGUGCUGUGGUUGGUACUUCGCUGUUGGGGAGGCUCUGAGGUCGCCCGGAUCAAUCUUCCCAAUGGGUUAUUGGGAAAAUUAGCGGGUAGAAAAUCUUGAGGGUCGGAGGCAUUUUUUCCUUGGCCCCGCCCUUUUCCCCGUUCUGAGAGCUGGGCGUCUGGCCCACCGAGGGGGAAGGGCAGUUGGCGGGGCUGAGGAAGAGGGCUUUGCGCACGCGCGUGUCCGAGUGUGUGAGUGUUUGUGUUUACGCGCACGCGCGCGCGCUCCUGCAUUUAGGAAGCCUGGGAAGGACCGGUGUGCUAGGAGAUGAGCGGGGAAAACAUAGUCCCCUGUCUUUGGUACCAGGCACUCCUGACUGUGCGCUGACCCUCCCCACCCAGCCAGCAGCCUUUUCCAGAGAGGCUGUGGUCCAUAGCCUCUGUUCGUUUUCACUGCAGGACCAGGCACGAAAGUUAAAACAAAAUGAAGAUUUUUUCUGAAUCUCAUAAAACAGUAUUUGUUGUAGAUCACUGCCCUUACAUGGCAGAAUCAUGCAGACAGCAUGUCGAGUUUGAUAUGCUGGUGAAGAAUAGGACCCAAGGAAUCAUCCCUUUGGCACCCAUAUCUAAAUCAUUGUGGACUUGUUCAGUAGAAUCUUCCAUGGAAUAUUGUAGAAUAAUGUAUGAUAUAUUUCCUUUCAAAAAGCUGCUAAUGGCAGCAUUAGCUGCUGUUGGGCCUCCUAAUCCACGAGCAGAUCCAGAAUGCUGCAGCAUUUUGCAUGGUCUCGUUGCAGCAGUGGAAACCCUGUGUAAAAUUACAGAAUACCAACAUGAGGCUCGUACUCUACUAAUGGAAAAUGCAGAACGUGUUGGUAAUAGAGGACGAAUAAUUUGCAUUACUAAUGCAAAAAGUGAUAGUCAUGUGCGUAUGCUUGAGGACUGUGUCCAGGAAACAAUUCAUGAGCAUAACAAGCUUGCUGCAAAUUCAGAUCAUCUCAUGCAGAUUCAGAAGUGUGAGCUGGUCUUGAUCCAUACUUACGCAGUUGGUGAAGACAGCCUUGUAUCUGAUCGUCCUAAAAAGGAGUUAUCUCCUGUUUUAACCAGUGAAGUUCAUAGUGUUCGUGCAGGACGGCAUCUUGCUACCAAAUUAAAUAUUUUAGUACAGCAACAUUUUGACUUGGCUUCAACUACUAUUACAAAUAUUCCAAUGAAGGAAGAACAACAUGCUAAUACAUCUGCCAAUUAUGAUGUGGAGCUGCUUCAUCACAAAGAUGCACAUGUGGAUUUCCUGAAAAGUGGUGAUACCCACAUAGGUGGCAGCAGUAGAGAAGGUUCAUUUAAAGAAACGAUAACGUUAAAGUGGUGCACACCCAGGACAAAUAACAUUGAAUUACACUAUUGCACUGGCGCUUACCGAAUUUCACCUGUAGACGUAAAUAGUAGACCUUCCUCCUGCCUUACUAAUUUUCUUCUAAAUGGUCGUUCUGUUUUAUUGGAACAACCACGAAAGUCAGGUUCCAAAGUCAUUAGUCAUAUGCUUAGUAGCCAUGGAGGAGAGAUUUUUUUGCAUGUCCUUAGCAGUUCUCGAUCCAUUCUAGAAGAUCCACCUUCAAUUAGUGAAGGAUGUGGAGGCAGAGUUACAGACUACCGGAUCACAGAUUUUGGUGAAUUUAUGAGGGAAAACAGAUUAACUCCUUUUCUAGACCCCAGAUAUAAAAUCGAUGGAAGUCUUGAGAUCCCCUUGGAACGAGCAAAAGAUCAGUUAGAAAAACACACCCGUUACUGGCCUAUGAUUAUUUCACAAACCACCAUUUUUAACAUGCAAGCGGUAGUUCCAUUAGCCAGUGUUAUUGUGAAAGAAUCUUUGACAGAAGAAGAUGUGUUAAACUGUCAAAAAACAAUAUACAACUUAGUUGAUAUGGAAAGGAAAAAUGAUCCUCUGCCUAUUUCCACAGUUGGUACAAGAGGAAAAGGCCCUAAGAGAGAUGAACAAUACCGUAUCAUGUGGAAUGAAUUAGAAACCCUUGUUAGAGCUCAUAUCAACAACUCGGAGAAACAUCAGAGAGUUUUGGAAUGUCUGAUGGCGUGUAGGAGCAAACCCCCAGAAGAAGAAGAACGAAAGAAACGAGGAAGAAAGAGGGAGGACAAAGAGGACAAAUCAGAGAAAGCAGUGAAAGAUUAUGAACAGGAGAAAUCUUGGCAAGAUUCAGAGAGAUUAAAAGGAAUCUUAGAACGUGGAAAAGAAGAGUUGGCUGAAGCUGAGAUUAUAAAAGAUUCACCUGAUUCCCCAGAACCUCCAAACAAAAAGCCCCUUGUUGAGAUGGAUGAAACUCCACCAGUAGAAAAAUCAAAAGGGCCAGUGUCCUUAUUAUCCCUGUGGAGUAAUAGAAUCAAUACUGCCAAUUCUAGAAAACAUCAGGAGUUUGCUGGACGUUUGAACUCUGUUAAUAACAGAGCUGAAUUAUAUCAACAUCUUAAAGAGGAAAAUGGAAUGGAGACAACAGAAAAUGGCAAAGCCAGCCGGCAGUGAAGAAUGACUUGAGGAACUAAAAUUUACUAUAUUGCAUACAUAUUUUGGGCAGAAUUUGAUAUAAGUACUUUUACAGCAAGAUUGUAUAGUUAUGUUGCCUGGACUGGUUUUUACAUUUUUAAAAUACUUCAACUAUCUUUUUGUUAUUAAUUGUGAAAUUGGCACGUAUAUAAAAAAAUAUACAUUUGAAAUUUGUCCUGCCAAAUCACACAAAUUUAUUUUAUGGUAAAAGGAUGUUCCCUCUGGAAAUGUUUUUUAAAAAAUUCUUAGGCUUCUCUUUUGCCAAAUAAAACUAUUAAAAUUUCUGAAAUGCAAAA